AGACACCACCGCAGUUGCCGCCACCUCCGGGAUUUCUGGCUCUUUUCUCUUCGCCUUAAAUUCGGGUGUCUUUUAUGAAUAAUCAAAAGCAGCAAAAGGCAACGCUAUCAGGCCAGCGUUUUAAAACCAGAAGAAGAGAUGAAAAAGAGAGGUUUGACUCUACUCAGUUUCAAGACUGCAUUAUUCAAGGCUUAACUGAAACUGGUACUGAUUUGGAAGCAGCAGCAAAGUUUCUUGAUGCUUCUGGAGCAAAACUUGAUUACUGCCGAUAUGCAGAAACACUCUUUGACAUUCUGGUGGCCGGUGGAAUGCUGGCCCCAGGUUUUUAACAAGUUAAUCAGGUGCUACAAAUACCUGGAGAAAGGUUUUGAAGAUGAAGUUAAAAAGCUGCUGCUGUUCUUAAAGGGUUUUUCAGAGUCGGAGAGGAACAAGCUGGCUAUGUUGACCGGUGUUCUUCUGGCUAAUGGAACACUUAAUGCAUCCAUUCUUAAUAGCCUUUAUAAUGAGAAUUUGGUUAAAGAAGGGGUUUCAGCAGCUUUUGCUGUAAAGCUCUUUAAAUCAUGGGUAAAUGAAAAAGAUAUCAAUGCAGUAGCUCCAAGUCUUUGGAAAGUGAGCAUGGAUAACAGACUGAUGGAACUUUUUCCUGCCAAUAAACAAAGCAUUGAACACUUCACAAAGUAUUUUACUGAGGCAGGCUUGAAAGAGCUUCCAGAGUAUGUUUGGAAUCAGCAAACCAUAGGAGCUCGUAAGGAACUCCAGAAAGAACUUCGAGAACAGAUGUCCCGUGGUGAUCCAUUUAAGGAUAAAAUUUUGUAUGUCAGGGAGGAGAUGAAAAAAAACAACAUCCCAGAACCAGUUGUCAUCGGAAUAGUAUGGUCCAGUGUAAUGAGCACCGUGGAAUGGAACAAAAAAGAGGAGCUUGUAGCAGAGCAAGCCAUCAAGCGCUUGAAGCAAUACAGCCCUCUCCUUGCUGCCUUUACAACUCAAGGUCAGUCUGAGCUGACUCUGUUACUGAAGAUUCAGGAGUAUUGCUAUGACAACAUUCAUUUCAUGAAAGCCUUCCAGAAAAUAGUGGUGCUUUUUUAUAAAGCUGAAGUUCUGAGUGAAGAACCCAUUCUGAAGUGGUAUAAAGAUGCACAUGCUGCCAAGGGGAAACGUGUCUUCCUUGAGCAAAUGAAAAAGUUUGUAGAGUGGCUCAAAAAUGCUGAAGAAGAAUCUGAGUCUGAAGCUGAAGAGGGUGACUGAAUUUGAAACUACACCCUCAGUAAAGCAAACAGGAGUUGUAGAUAAAA